AUGCCAGUGGUGCAUGACACCGUCAUCAGAAAAAUCCGCGAAUCUAUUGGAUCGUCUAAGGUCUGGAUCUCUAUCGACGAAACUUCGAAUAAAGUAGGCCGUAGCGUUGCCAACGUUGCUGUAGGUAAACUAGACAAGGUAAGCUUCGGUCGAAGUUAUCUACUCAUGUGCGAGGUCUUUGAGAGAACCAAUGCCGCGGAGAUUUCGCAAUUGUUCGUGAAAUCUCUGGAGCCUCUGCGGACAGACAGCGUUCUCUACGAGAAUCCACUGGUCUUCGAGACCGACGCAGCUCGGUACAUGAGGAAAGCUGGAGCUGGUUUGAAAGUAUCAUUCCCUCAGUUGAUACGCGUCACCUAUGUGGCGCACGGCCUGCAUAGAGUGUCCGAGCAGGUCCGCUCGCGCUUUCCGAAGGUAGAUCAACUGAUGUUGAGCAUGGAGAUGGUGCUUUUGAAGAGUCCCUCCCGCAUUUCCCUCUUCAAAGCAGAAGUUGACCUGCCUCUUCCACCGAAACCAAUUGUGACUCGCUGGGCAACCUGGCUUAAAGCGGUUGAAUACUACGCAGAGGAUUUCCAGCGUCUGAAGAGCUUCGUUUGUGACAACCUCCACGGAUGGAUGCAGCUGCUAUUCGUCUAUAAGCUCAGCAUCUAUCCGUCGAUGCUUCUCUACAGGCUGGACUUUCUGCAAUCGCAUCGCACUCUUCCGGGAUUCCGGACGCCAUCACAGCUCUCGAAGCGCACGGGCUGCCCGUAG